AUUGCCAUCAAUAAUAUUUCAAAUUUAUAUUUUACAGAUUAGACUCUGGGUUUAAAACAGUCAUUAGAGGUUAUUUUUUGAGUGUAAAAAAACUGUGACAAACUUAUCUGUCAUCUCAAAGAAUACCCACAUUGGUACACUACAGGGCUUUUCAGUACUGAUGAAAGAUAAGGGGGUUUUUUUCUUGCAGUUUGUUGUUUUCUCCUUUGCGGUGAGAUCUACUUCCCACUGAGCGGAAGGAAGGACAUGUUUUGUAGUUUUAUCUCGAUCCAAGACCAUCUCCGCCCCAGAUCACACCCCUAUAGGUUAAACGCCUCAAAGCUCUCAAGUUAGAACCAGGCUGUUUCUAUCCCUUCAUCCAUCAGGAGGAAUCUUUUUCUGAAAAGCGUUGGACAGAUGGGGAGAGUCUGACAGGAAAUAUAUCUCAUAAUAAGAAGUUAAUGGAGAAUAUAUUUGUGCCUCCGCUGGCUCUCCGCGGGAUCUCCGUGAACAGCGGCUCCGCGCGCCACAAGGAUGCGCUCCGGCUGGGGAUGCCCUUCCACAUCGACACCGCCUACUUCGACCAGGGGUUCCCCUGCGGGCGGUUGCCCUGCUUCCCCUUCCCCGCUCCCUUCGGCGUGUGCGAGUACUCCUUCGAGCCCGCGUUCAUCCAGAAGCGGAACGAGCGCGAGCGGCACCGGGUGCGCUGCGUCAACGAGGGGUACGCGCGCCUCAGAGAGCACCUGCCGCAGGAGUUUGAGGACAAGCGGCUCAGUAAAGUGGAGACGCUGCGAGCGGCCAUUGACUACAUCAAGCACCUGCAGGGCCUGCUGGACGUGGACGUCUCCCGGAUGGAGAUGUCGUUCAAUGAGGCGCGCGACUGCGAGGCUCUGCGGCGGAGGACAGAGUGCGGAAGUGACGGAGAGUCCAAAGCUAGCAUGAGCGACAGCGGGGAUAAUGUUUACUGAAGAUUUCCAUAAGCAAAAAUACAGUUUAGGGAAAGAGAUGUUAAAAAAAAA